AUGCUGGAGUCAGUUCGAGGAUUUAUUGGUGAUAUAUUAGGAUAUCAAGCAACUGAUCCUAGAAAGAAAGAAUACGGCAGUUUAGAUGAUGUUAGAACCAGUAACAGACAAGGAGGUAGUGGUUCGCAUGCACGCUUAGAUCGUAAUAGAUUGCGUAGAAGGCGAGCUAUCGCUAGCAAUGGCGAUUCAGCUAAUAGCAGGAAAUAUGUGAGACCCCAGGACGGCAAUAGAGUUAAUAAGAUGAGGAAUCCUUCCGCAAGGACUGGACCUGGUACAUUGAGUAAGCUGAUGAAAUCUAUCAAGAAUGUGUUUUCUACUGAGGAUCAGGAUUUAACCCUAAUGCAACAGGCAUGUGGUAAUACUAAUGCUAUGUUACCACCAGCAGCUAGAAGAGGCGCCCACCAAGGAGCAGAAGGACGGAAGAAACUCAGAGAUAGGAUCGUUAGAAGUGAAGCAUUCAAAAGAAAACUGCUUGAAAUCAAGUACGAUGAUCGCAUGUUAGAACAGGUACGUCGUGGAAGAUCCGUAUCCGGCAGUAGAAGAAGAAUCGGCGAAGGGUAUCAAGGUAUCGAACCAUUGCAAGACGAUAAAGUGGGUCUACUGCAGAGAAAAUUGCAAGAGUUAGAUUCUAAAGUACAGGAUAUGGAUAAAGAGUUGCAAAUCACUCAAAAAAAAUUGAAAUUUGCUCAAGAGAAAAAUACGCUUUUGGAAUCGUUGUUGGAUGAUGCUAAUAUCGAUAGCGAAUACGUCAAAUCUCGUAGGGAUAUCAAAAACUUACAAAAAGAAAACUUAAAACCGGAAGCCGAAUUACCACCUUCGCCAAGAAGAUCAGUCAAUCCGCUUUUCACUUCAAGCCCCAUGCGUAAGCCUCCUUCUGUACAAGACCAAGAACAAGAACAAGUACAGGGACAGGGACAGGAUCCGACCCAAAACUUUUACAGCAAGUAUCCCAAGAUUCCAGAGACUGAACUGCUUGUACAGGGACGUGAUCGAACCUCUAUGUCGCCUAUAAGAAUUGAUUAUUCAAAGUAUUCCACGUGA